CAGUUCACUUCACACUUGUUUUUUAGUAUCGUUUCAGAAUUCCUACAAUGAGGUAGCGAAGUGUGGUUGAAACGGUCGAUUUUGUUAUCUAUAGCUAAAAAUACAUUUAAAUGAAAUCAAAAAAGGUCGUUCACCUACUUUGUUUAUUUGCCUUUGUGUUUUUAAAUAGAUAAUGAGUGCUAAAGUUACCAGGAAAGUGCAAUACUUGGCGGGAUUUUGCGCAUCCCUCACGUUCACGUUCACCGGUGCUACGAUAUCGUGGACCUCCCCAGCAAUCCCUAAGUUCAAAAGCGGUGAAGCUAACCUUGUUAUAACCGAUGCCCAAACAUCAUGGGUCGUGUCGCUGUUGUCAGUGGGCGCGCUGCUCGGCUGUUACAUGGGCCAAGUUCUCAACGAUAAAGUUGGUCGUCGACGUACAAUGCUAAUUUCUUCGGGACCGGGACUUUUAGGUGGCUGUAUUAUUUUAUUUACAAAAUGGCCAGAAUUGAUGUAUGCGGCGCGUUUUAUGUUUGGAAUGACUACAGGAACUGUUGCUGUGCCUGAUACAUUACAGGUUGCAAUGAUAUACGUGACAGAAAUAGCAGACAAAGAAAUAAGAGCGUCCCUCGGGAUGCUGAUUCAAGUUAUGAACAACUUGGGUUGCCUCCUCAUAUAUGGGAUAGGCCCGUUCGUCUCCUAUACAGCACUGAACUCGAUCAUCGUGACGAUACCCAUAGUCUAUGGCCUUUGUUGUCUAUGGAUACCUGAGUCCCCGUACUAUCACCUCAAAGAUAGUAGGACGGAUGAAGCAAGAAAGGUUUUUAUUUAUCUAAAAGGGCGCAGGGAUGAAAAGUGGGUAGAUGACCAAUUGGCGAUUAUGCGCGCGCAUGUAAUAUCAAGUAUGGAAAACAAAACGACCGCUAAGGAACUCCUCACUAACAUGAGAUAUAGGAAAACUAUCUACAUUGUCGUGGGUUUGAAGAUCCUACAGUACAUGACUGGUGUACUAGUAAUACAGUCAUAUUUGGAAGUGAUAUUCAGACAGAGCGUGUCUAUAUCAGGCCCCCAUGUUAGCAUAGUCUAUGGAUUUGUCCAACUUUCUGCCGGUAUUGGAGCAACAUUCCUUACGCGAUGGUUCGGACGCCGAAUACUGCUGAUGUUGUCGUCCCUCGGCGUCUCAUUGGCCAUGACUGCAAUCGGCCUUUACUUCUUCCUACAAGACUCUGUGGGAGUGAGCCAGGAAAUCAUGUCGUCCUUGUCACCUCUGCCACUAGUUGGCUUGUUUGUUUUUAACAUUGCUUAUUCGUGUGGAGUGGGGAACCUGCCUUACGUGAUGCAGGCGGAAUUGUUCCCUGUAAAUGUGAAAGCUGUGGCGAGCAGCUUAGCCACGAUGCUAGCUUGCGUGUUGAGUUUCUUGGUAACCAAAUGUUAUCAAAAUUUGAAAGAUAUGUUUGGACAUUACACCGUUUUCUGGAGUUUCGCUGUUAUAGGGUAUUUAGGUAUUUUAUUCGUGUAUUACUUUGUACCCGAGACGAAGGGCAAGACGUUAGAGGAGGUUCAAGAUAAUAUGCAAGCAAGGCCUGCUGAGGAGCAGGCUUUAAGAAAUGGUGAAAAUGCCGUCCAAGAUGUUAAUUAAAUUAUAUUGAACAGUAAAGAAAAUAUUUAUACAUAUUAGGUUAUGCAUGUAAUUUACACUUCGCAAUAUUCAUCAAAUCAGUAUAAAAGGCUGACAACUGAACAAAUAAUAUUAUUGAACAAAUAAAUCUACGUUAUUUGAAAUCAAGUGUUGUGCAUUUGCCAAAAUCAUAUAAAUUAUAUUUAUUUUUGGCUAAAACUUAGUUGUCAGUUUUGAAUAAUUUGUAAAGUAUUACCAUUGAAGCAUGAAAUCAAUGUGUGCCGGCUGUGUUUAUGUAACUUAACUAUUAAUUAGUGUUUUUUAUAAUAAUAAGUUGUAAUGCCAAAGUUUAUAAAUCAAAUUACUAACUAAUAUAAGCAAAGAGAGUAAGAUAAGAACUAUCAGUAGGCAUAGGUAAAUAUAUUAUUUUCAUAUCAGAACGAUAUUUACAAUACCUCAGUAAACAAGACACAUUAUAAAUUAAACAAGAUAUGUGACAAUAAAAUUGUAUUCUGAUGAAUAAAAAUAUAUAUAACAUGUGUUACAUUCA